CAGCCCCAGCCCCGCGGGGCAGCGCGGACAUCCCGCGGCUUUCUCGGCUCAGCCGCUGCCCUUCGCAGGGAGCUGCUGCCGGCAGCAACAGGUCCGUGCCCGCUCCUCCCUCCGCCUGCCAGGCGAACAAAGGGGCUGAGCGCGGCCCCUCCGCCAGCCCGGCCCCUGCGCUUCAGCCAUUUGCCUCGCCUGGCAUCGCACCGCUGCUCCCCCGCCGCCUUGCUGGCCUCCCCCGCCGGCUCCCGCUCCCUGGGCGAGGCGCCCGGGCCGCGGCGCUGCAGGAGCUGCCCCGGAGCGGYGCGGGGCUCGUCGGCCGAAAGGGGGAAUGAAUAUCAGGAGCAGUGAUAUGAAGAAAACUUCACGAAGGUCAUGCAAAGGCAARCUUGGCUAGUGAGGAAUUGCCUUCCAGAGUAGAUUGCAUUCUCGGCCUUUUACUGAAAUAGUUGCACAAGGUGAUGGCCGCGCCGCGGCGGCCGACAGCGCUUCGCACGGACCAGGCGCGGCGCAGGUAGCGCGGCUCCAUGGAGGGCAGCAGCGCGUCCCCGGAGGAGGAGGAGAGCGGGGCCGCGAACGGCGCACCCCCGCCGCCGCCACCGCCCACGCCCGCCGCCCCCUGCGGCUUCAGCUCCUCCCUCUGCUUCAGCGCCGCCGCUGCCGAGCCCCAGCCGCCCGCGGCCGGCGCCGGAGUGCUGCAGAGCCAGUGGGAGAUCAACAACGCCGCCUGCCAGCCGGAGGAGGAUGAGGAGGUGGUGGGGCCGCGGGACCGGCCGCCGGAGGAGCCCGACCUGGUGAUCGAGGUGUCGGGCCGCCGCAUUCGGGCGCACAAGUCGGUGCUGGCGGCCAAGAGUGACUACUUUCGUGCCCGCGCCUCACGGGACGUCCUGCGGGUGAAGGGGGUGAGCUACGGGGCGCUGCGGCUGCUCAUCGACUACGUGUACACGGCCCGCAUGGGCGAGGUGCGGCACGACAACCUGGCUGAGGUGGUGAGCGGCGCCCGCGUCCUCCAGAUGCCCUGCGCCCUGCACUGUGCCGCCGAGGCCAUGCGCGCCCAGCUCUGCCUCGGCAACUGCUACCAGCUCCUCUGCCUGGCCAAGAAGCAGCGGCUGGCRGAGCUGCGGGAGGCUGCCUAUCGCUUCAUGAGCGAUCAUUACCUGGAGGUGCUGCGGGAGCCCAGCGUUUACGGCCGCCUCAGUGGCACUGAGCGGGACCUCAUCUUGCAGCGGCGCAUGGAUGCCGGCCAGCCUUGCCUCCUGGUAGCCGAGGUCAGUGACGCCUUCGAGCGGCCGGGUGGCGGCAGCCGGCCACAGAGCCGCGAGAGCAGUCGGCCCCAGAGUCCCUCCUCCGUGGUKUCUCUGGAGGAGAGUGGCUCCCUCAUUCACUGCUACCACGAGGCCAGCGGCGAGUGGAGAGUGCUGACGCGCCUUCCUGAGGAGGCAAAUGCCAAGGGCUGCGCCAUGUGUGUCCUCCACAACUACCUCUUCCUCGCAGGGGGCAUUGUGACGGGGCCGGUGGGCAGCGAGCCCAGGGCCCGCCUUUCUGACAAGGUCUUCUGCUACAACCCCCUGACCGACAGCUGGAGCCAGGUGCGGCCCCUGGCUCAGCCCCGCUCGCAGCUCAAGCUGCUGGCCCUGGAUGGUUACCUCUACGCUGUGGGGGGUGAGUGCCUCUUCACGGUGGAACGGUAUGACCCACGGGCCGACCGCUGGAGCCCUGUGGCACCUCUGCCCAAGGGUGCCUUCGCUGUGGCUCACGAGGCCACCACUUGCAACGGGGAAAUCUAUGUGUCAGGAGGCUCCCUCUUCUACCGCCUGCUCAAGUAUGACCCCAAGCGUGACGAGUGGCAGGAGUGCCCUUACAACAGCAGCCGCCGGCGCUCUGCUGACAUGGUGGCCUUCAAGAGCUUCAUCUACCGCUUYGAUGUGAGCAGUGGCCGUGGUGGGGAGCAGGGUCCCGGCGGCGGGACUGCUGGUGGUGUCGAAGUUUUCCGGUACAACACGGUGGCCAAGUGCUGGAGCCAGUGCGCCAGCCUGCGGCCCAGCGGUGGCCCCAUCCAACCCUUCCGCUGUGCYCCCUUGGGCAACACCAUCUACUGCGUCAACCGGACCGGCACUCUUCGCUUCACCCUAGCCCAGGACGGUGAGGUGGAAGCAGAUGGUGGGCUCAAGGGCACCUUUGAUGGGGAGCUUCUUAAAGCUCCCCUGGAUGUCAAGGGUGUCCUCCUACCCUUUGUGCUUACCCUGCCUGAGAGGCUGGACAAAACCGGGGACCAGGAGGGCUCYCUCCCAUUACUGUAAGGUGGCCAGCCUGCCUCUGGCUUCCUGAGAGGGUAGMUGGGUUGCAGAUCCACAAGCUCCCACCUACAGAGGGGACCCUCUUAGUUGUGUCUGCWGAGAAGAGGGAGUUCCCCUUCCCUCAUCUGUGCUCUCAAGAUGUUGGGCUGAUUGUAACUCAGUUGUAACUCWUCUCACGUUUGCUGUGCUUUGUGUGAAAAGCCAAGCACACAAAAGUAAAAGCUGCUAUAAAGGAUAAUCUCUGGAUGAUGUUUGUGCCAAUCCCCAAUCUCAAAAAAAUGUUUUUACUCUUGGAUUUCUAGAAUAUUCUUGACAAAAGUGUCAUAAUGGGACAUGAGUGUUGGUUGUGUGUUUACACGUAGUUGCAAUCUGGGCUGGAGCCUUUUCUGUCAUUUGUGGUUUUUUCCCUCUGGGAUGAUACUGAGGGAUAAAUACUGCUGGUAACAUAAUUUAGCUGCAUUUGUUUUUGUGUUAAACCAACUAUUUCCUGGGUUUGAAAAGUAUAGGAAGAACAUCUACAUCACAGCCUUUCAUUUCUGGUGCAAUAGAUGGUUUAAGGRAGCUGUGGCAUUGUAUGGUCCCAGGAAUUUCAACCACAGAUGAUUUAACAGAUACCAGACUUAAUGUUUUAAGUAACACAAAUGCGUGCCACAUGUUUUGGAAUGCAAAGAAAAAAAAGUUACCUUUUUAAAAUGUGGUAUUUUGUAGUAUGUAUGAAUUGUCGAUACAUUCCUUAUUUGAAGAAGGUAAUUAUUUCUGUUUGAAAAGACAUAUUGUUUUGUUACUUUUUUUUUUUUAAAUCAGAGAUUUUAAAUUAUAACAAAAAUGACCUGAAACUGUUCAAACUGCAACCAGUUGACAUGACCAUGUAUGCCACUAGAGUUGGGCAAAAGCUUUGUACUUCAUGUGCUCUUUAGCUGCAGGUCAAGGAAGGUUAGCCUAAACCAACCUGUGGCAAAAGGCCUUUCCCACUUAGUUCAAGACCAUCAAAAAGGGGACAUGAAAAAUAGGAAUGUGCUACACAUGUCAAUUAUAUUGAGCACUAGCAUGAUGUUACUUCCCUAUAUUUUGAUUGAGAGACUGCUUUAUUUAUUUUAAACUAAUGAUUGCUAAUCAAUAAGUCCUUGUUAAUUGCAGUACGUGCUGAUGGCGUACACUGUCAUUGUGUUUCUAAACUGCCCAAGAGAGCUGUUUGUGGGGCAGCAUCUAAAUAAGGCAAAAAUAUACAAAACUUCUUCCUGCCUCUGGAAAGUUGGAGCAUACUUUUUGUCAUGUYACUCAGAACUGGAAAAAUGUAGAAUGUCUACACAGACAGACUUAUCUUGAAAAGGGCACAUGCAUUUAUUUUAUACCUUUUUUAUUAAAAAAAAGAAAUCAAUAGACAAGGCAAAUGUUUUAGCUUUAUGGUAAAUCACUGCAAAACCUUUCCUGAAAAAAGAACUUGUGUUUUUGCUGGUACAUUGCUGAAUAUUCAGCAUGGAACUGGCAUGGACUGUGGCAGAGAAUUGUUUAUAUUCAAAGCUCUAGUAUAGAUUCAUAUUUUAGAARUACAUAGGGACCUUGCGUAGAAGAAAGCAGGUCUUUUUAUGUUUAAUUAAGAUGUUUUUGUUAAACAGGAUUUUAGCRUUCUUAUACAUAAUUGCUUUUUCCAAAGGAAGGCAGCAGGCUCUGUCGUAAGAGACACCAUCUUUACAAAAGAGAACAGUGAACUUCAUAGAUUCUUCGUUCCUUCACUUUAAUGUUUGUUUUUUGUUUCUUUUCUCAUCUUURUUGCACAGUGUUUUAAUGCAUCUGAUCUGGUUAGGCAUUCUAUAGAAAACAGGGGUCCAAUCCUAGUAGUUCUUAGCCGAGUGAGCCUGUUCCCUAGUGAGCUAGUUAAAGCGUCAGCCAGGCAGGAGCUGUAGGCCUGCAGAGUGUAACAUUUAUCUUAGCUGCAGUACAGCUUGGUAACAUUCUUCACAGAAAAUUUGAUUUUAUUCUCAGACAAGAAUCCUUGGAAACAUUGACUCUAAAUUAAAUUGCAGAGUUGUAGCUUGAGCAGGAAAGAAAAAUYAUAUGUUUUCUUUCAGCAUAAUUUUUAUGUUAACUGUAGAAAAUAUUUCAAGUUGUGUAGUGCAACACUUAGGUGUAUACUUAAACUAGAGAUGUAAGUGCUAGGCCAGAUUUUGAAAUAGAGUCACCAGGAACACACACAAGGAAAUGUCUGUUUUAUCUUGCAAUACUACACAAUUUCGUAGUUCAAAGACUUAGGUAGUAUAGUUCUUAUACUACAGUAUUAAUGAGGUAUCAAGCCAGCUUUUGCAUUCCUAUCAAUUAAACAUUAAUUAAGCACUUUCAUUCCUGCUAAUGCAUGAAAAUGCUUCUAAAAAAGUUUUGGGAAGUUUCCAUUAUUUAAGAUGUGAAAAUAUGCCCCAGAUUCUGGGACAGAAUGAACCAUAUGCUUUUUUCCAAUAUCGUUUGCUGUACCCUAUGAAGAAAUAAGUUCUACAGUAAUAAGCAUUCAAUUAACCUGCAGUGGUUUGUAUUUUUGCUAGCUCCUCUUUUGCAAAAAUGUUGAAUCAAGUGCUUACCUGCAUUUCACUGUUUGCACAGUGUCAGUGGGGCAGAGUCUGGGCUUCAUUAGUAACUGCCUAUCAAACUUGUUUCCUUUUUACACUCUACGUAGUCACAGCCUGAUGAUUAACAACAGAGGCAUGUUUCUAGCCAGAUUUCCUGCUCUGUGGCCUCUGUUUCCUCCCCGGUAGGCCUGAGGCAGGUUUGCUGAGAAUUGUUUUCUCCCCCAGUUAUAUCUUCACAAAAAAACCCCCCACCAAACUUGGGUACUAAAAUCAGAAUUUAGAUAGUGUUCAGGCAUUUGAAGACUGAAAUUGUCAUUCCAGARCCCUACAGUUUUACUUAAACAGAAAAACAGCUGUCUCUUUGACACGUGGAGYUGCUUAGCAGUUCCCCUUCACCCGUUUGGAGCUGCUCAGAGCAGUUCCACACCUACCUACCAMGUGGGAUAUCCAGAAGCCACUUACUAAAGGGCCAGGCCACCCUCAAGUUGUGUUUGCAUAUGCUUAGCUUUUAAAACAGCCAUUUUUUCUAGAGCAGCCAAAAGUCUACCAUGUUUGUAUGGGAAUAGGGAGAUCUUGUGKGCUUUCUUGGCCUGCAAGCAUUCAGUCCUCAUCUCUUACCCUCUGAUUCCCAGUGGACUGAAGGCCCUCUUGGAGCUUGUCCCUGAUCUCUAAAUAUUUAUGCCUUUUGCAUUGUAUGUUAAUUGACUAAAAAUCUCACAAAUCAGCAAGGUAGUUAUCCUCAYUGAGUGAUCUGAGACUAGCCAGAGAGACAUUUCUGAAAGACUGCUGCCUUUCUGUCCCCUAAAUCUUACAGUCCUUCUAUUUUAAUGGGACAUAAUUGGCCUAAUUUUUCAGGAGAUAAUUUUUCCUCCCUAGACUACUCCUAUUUUCAAGGUUGUCUGUUAGAGGAUUUAGGUUUGAAUUCCCUUAAGCUGAGUAAAGACUGAUCUGAGGCCUUGCACUUUGCACGUGCGUGUGUGUUUGCAUGCGCACGUGUUCUCAAAUCUAGAUGGCUGUUCAGGGGAAGACUCCUCCUGGGGCUCUUUCUCAAGGAUGAGCUUCUUGCAAAUCCUCCAAAAGCACACAUAGGCUCCUGUAUAUUGAAUUCUGAGUAGAUUCUAGGCCCCACCUCCUGCAUGGGUAAUUCAGCAUAGAUUUGGUAGAGUUGCUGCAUUUGGGCAAGUUUUCUUUGGAAAGAUUUUGCAGACAGGCUCUGUAUUUUGGGUUACCACUUUGAGGUGAGGAUCUCCGUGCACUGUACUGGAAKGCCAGACAGGUAAUUUGGAUUCUUUUCAGGGGUGCCACCAUAGUAMAGAGGCAUUGCAGUACCUAGCAAUGAAAUGCCUAAAGCCUUCAUUGAAUCUAAAACUAAAUCCCGACUUCAAUAAAGAAAUGCUAAUGACAGAUGAAACUAAUGUUUCCAUCUGUUAACUGGUUCCAUAAAAUAGAAAUCUUAGUUGCAGCAAAGGUAAGUGUAAACAACUURUGUUUACACUUGAAACUAAGUAAAAAAAAUAAUUGGGAAAAAAUAAUCCUAUUUGAUCAAAACUGKCACUGUUAAGCAACAUGGGGAGGAUGUUAGUCGUACCCUAGYAAUGACAAAAAUUGUGCAGUUGCUGAUGUAAAUUCUGUCCACAAAAAGUUUCUUUGUAACUAAAUACCUGGUAAAAUUYAAAGUGAUAAAAGAAUAAAUUAUUCACAUGAAAGCUGUACCUCUCCUGUGCUGUUUGAAUGGCUCUCUGAGUGCUAUGUCUCAAUUACCAGUAUUCAUGAGUGACUGUUACUUUUCCUGAUUGACAGCAUGGAUUCCAUUGAUUGCUCCAUAGAUGUGUUAACAUUCAUUAUCACAAAGCGUAACAGUGGUGCUGGUGCUUUGUGUUUGGACUGAUACUUAGUGUUUUCUGCUUAAAUGAACCCAGAUCUAACAGAAUCCUGUCUUUGCCCUUGUGUUUUCCUAGUGUCAUUGCUCCUGGGAAACCAGAAAACACAAAAAAGGGAGAUGGUGGUACUGUUGAGAGGUUGUAGUAAAAAACAUUUUAUUAAUUUCUCUUUUUUUCUGCUGUUACUUUGCACAACAGAUUGGCGCUGGCUUAAAAGAACAGCUCUGUUUGGCUGUAUYGGUAUGAGUAACAAAGUAUGCUUUUACCUCUUUGCUGCCUCAGCUCCUACUCUGWGAUAAUGUAGUGCAAGUUUGUAAURGUCCCAUACGUUUACUAGAUUACUGGAACUAUUCUGACUUAAUAUUACUGCUACUAAGAGAUUGACACACAAAUCAAAAAAUGCACAAAAAAAGGUAGAAGAGUCAGCCCUAUUGUGCGCUCAGAUUAAGUAAUCACACACUUUUCGUUUGUUUUGGCUUACUAAAUUCUGAGAGCUGCUUGAAUAAAKCAGGUAUUGGAAAUCAGUAGGAGUGCUGGAUUUGCCUGGGGUAGAGUUAAUUUUMUUCGCAGUAGCUGUUAYGAGGCUGCAUUUUGUAUUUCUGCUGAAAAUGGAGCUGAUAAUAAGAGAUGGUUUCUUUGUUGCUGAGCRGUGCUCACACAGAGCCAAARCCUUUUCUGCUCCGCACCCCACCCACCAGUGAGGAGGCUCGUGGUGCACAAGGGCUUUGUACAGGACGCAUUUGGGGAAGCUGACCCCCAACUGUCCAUAGGGAUAUUGCAGACCAUAUGUUGWCAUGCUCAGCAUAUAAAUUUGGGGGAAGAAGAAAGGAGGGAUAUUUGGAGUGAUGGUGUUUGUCAGGUUCCUAAGUCAUCACUGUGUGUGUUGGAGCCCUUCUUUCCUCAGGAUGACUGAACACCUGCCUGCCCAUGGGAAGCAGUGAAUUAAUUCCUUUUUCUGCUUUGYUUGCAAGUGCAGCUUUGCUUUGCCUAUUAAUAUCUCCAUUUCAACCUAUGAGUUUUCUCACUCUGCCCUUCUGAAUCUCCCCCAAAUCACUGGGAGAAGUGAGUGAGUGGCUGUGUGGAGCUCAGCUGCCAGCUGGGGUUAAACUACAACAGCAGGCUAAUUUGGAGGCUACUUUCAUAAAUUACUCAAAGGAAAGAAAUGUGAAUGAGGGAUAGGAGGAAGAGAGGAAUUUGGACUCAAAAGUGCCKACUGUAUAUCCAGUUGAAACAAAUAGCAGGGAAGAGAAACCGGAGUUGUUAUGCCAGGUUUUUUUUUCAAAUAUUUCUUAAACAGUUUAAGUUUUUACCAGUUAUAUUGUUUGUCUUAUCAUUUUGCACCUGUAAUGCUUCUCAAACCAUCACAGUGUUUAACAAGCUACUUUUUGCAGGAGUCUCUUGGUUUGCUUUUAAGUCUUAGUGGAUAAACCCUGGACAAAUUUGUGARAUCAUGAAAAUGUCGAUGCUGCCACUUUCAAGAGAGUAACUAGUGCAAAUUCUUUAGACACUGUUCACWGUUCAGGUGAAUUAUAUGUGUAACWGAUGUAUUAAUAGUUUCAUUUUUGAAGCAUACAUAGGUAAAGCCUUUUAUGUACUCCAGCUUACAUUGUAAUGAAAUAAAUACUUUCAAAAAUCUUACGCUUCCCCUUAGGGAUUUCUGGGUGUAUGUUUUUUCUUUGCUAUCCAUCCAAUCAGUAAAUGGUAUUAAUUUUUUUUUGUAUAAAGCAAAGACAAAAUUAAACAAAUUAUCACACAGGUAAAUAUUUAGGGAAKGUUUCUAAUGCUGAGUGAAAAAGGAAUAUUUUCAUUUCACUGUGCCCUGGGUGUUUGGAGCUUGAAGUAUUCUGCAAUGAAAGCAUUUUCCUAAGUGCAAAUUAGCAUAUACUCCAGUUAACUUUUCUUUUUUUUUUUUUCUCUUKUCAGWWUGUUAAAGUGCAUUAUCAUUUAUAAAUAUUACAUGUAGGUUUUUCCAGGAUACUUUCCUAUAUUAUGUCACACUUGUCAGAUUUUUGGCUGGAGUAGAUUUACAGCAGCGUAAGUGAAAGAAUCAAACACAAUUUAAAGUACCCACUUUGUCUCCUCUGUAUUUUCUCAUCAGAUAUUUUGCUUGACAUGCGGUUAUAUGACCUGUUUGAAACCUCCACUCCAAGAGUCAUCGACUAGGUGGGGUUGUCCUUGCUAUUUUUUCUUUUAUUUCCUUAUCUGGUGCAACAUGCAAGCUCUCUAAUGUUUUCUUAAGAAGGGCCAAAUUCUACUACUGAUGAAUCCAGGGUAAAUCUGGAAUAGCUAAACCAAACCUAUUAGAUUACCAGAUUUUUUUUUUCCAUUCAGCCCCAGAGUUUUGAGUCUGUUGUAAAAUCACUGGGGACCUCMACUGGAAAACAAAAAGAAAAACUUAUUGAAUAAGACUCAAGCAAUCAAUCACUUGAGUGUGUUUUGGGUUUUGGUUUUUUUUUUUACUUCACUAAAGUAUAAAUUAUUUUAACAGAGUAAUUUUUCUCUGUGUUGUGAACUAAACAUUGGGAAGUUUAGUGGCAAUGAAGUUUUAUCUCAAGUAGACACUCCUGUUUGRUUCACUGAACAUUUUGCAUCUAUAUCUCUCAAGGAUGCUUAGGCCCAAGAUUCAAGCUUCAGAUCUGGUAAAUUAUUUGUCUGGGUCCAAUAACCUGUGCCAUGAUUAAUUUUCUGGUACUGAAAUGCUAAAACCAACAGUUGUAGCACAAAGAAUUUGGAUUUUUAAGUCCUUGCAGUUUGGGCACAAAAGAUCCCUUCUUGUUACCUGUUUCCAGGUAUAAUGCAUCACUUGUGUCCAUGUAUUCAAAACUCACAGUAAGUUUUCAUAUAAAAACAUCUGCAGGCAGAUGUUGACAUGUAUUCCCCUGAAGGCAGAGAAGUCUUGCUGGAAAGACAAAUCUUUCUAGACUGUGCAAGCAGGGAAGUCACAUAUGGCUGUGAACUCCCAUGUCAUACUGAGUAAUUAUCAAGUGAACAAAACAACAAUGUCAUCAAACAUGAGUUUACAGCCUGUGGACAGAUGUACCCAUCAUUGGUGGAGAGAAAGGAAAUGUAAGUCAGUAGCUAUUAAUGCUGGGACCAUGCCUAGAAACAAACCCCAUUCCUGUAUCAGGAUUGCAUUGUCAACAUAAGAGAAAGAAGUCCUGGGCUAAAUAACAGCAUGUGGUUAAAAGUAGGUCAGGGAGCAAUAAACGUGGCAGUACCUGCGGGCUUCUUAAAAUGAGUGUGAAGAGGAUCUGCACCUCAUAAAUCCCAACCAGAGCAGCUGCUGGUGAGCAAGCUCAGACAGAGGGAGGGGAGCACGAUGGUGCCUGACAGCAGUGACACCUGCCUGGCAGGUCACUGUGGCAGUGAGCAGAGUCGAGAAGGAGCUGAAUGAGCAAUCCUCUGAAUGUCCUGAUGCGGAGUCCUUGGGAAGGAGAGAAAGAGAUACACACCAUGCCCUUCAUUGCUGUGCUCUCUCCCUGUGCUGGCUGCUCCAGUUCUCAGAUUCCCUGCUGAGCAACUUAUACGUGGAGAGUCUUCAAGGUGAUAACUUUUUCUCUUUUCAUUUCUUUUCUUUGUAUUUUUCUUUUUUUCCUCUGUUUUUUGCCUUUGUCUUUUUUUACCUCUCUUCCCCCCCCCCCCCUUUGGAGGUUGUACGUAUUAGUUUCUCUACUCAAAUAUUUCAAUAGGUAACACAGGGAGUCUGUGAAUUUGGACAAAUUACCUAUUGGAAGUCAUUGAAACUCCUUUCCUCAGGAGGCAAACUUCCUUUCCGUAGCCUGAUAAUUUUUCUUCUCUUAAUAAAGCCCUAUUUUUUUUAAUGAAAUGUGGAAGACUUAAUCUAUCCAGUUUCUGACAAAAUGGUCAAAAUGAACCAUGAGCUUUUCAGUUCCUAAGGAAAUAGAGAAAGUUGUGAGCAAUUGAAUUAGUCAUUAUGCAGGCUUAAGGCAAGAGAUCUGCACCUUUUGUUACGCUUACCUGAGCUUUUAGUCAUUGCAGAACUGCAGCUACAGGAAAAAGUAACUGCGGUAUUAAAGUAUCGACCAGGUAGAAGGUCUCUGAGGAAUAAAAUGAGCACAAACUGCUGCAGAACAAAGUUAAUUCCCACACCAUUUAGAAAUCAUUAUCUCAGUGGUCAGGGACUAAUCUACUGAUAAUUUGUUAGUGAAUUACAGAUGAAGGUAGUUCUUUUUUCCUGUGUCAUCAUGAUCUCCAUCUCCAUGACUCAUCCCAUUCUGUCCCAACCUACUGCUUUGCAGUUCUUUGCACAUGUGAGAAAUCAUUGCAGAAUUUGACGGCAGAAAAUUUGUAGGAAUUUUUACCCAUUCUGCAUGGGUGAAUAAAUCUGUCACCUGCAAUGAUGGAUCAUUUGUCUCUCCCAUAUUUUUCUAAUGAAAGAAAAACAUAAUCUUUAUUAGAACUAGAGAAAUAAAAGUUGAGAUUAAUAAUAACUUUAGGGAACACAAAUAAGGAAAAUAAAGUUUUUUCAUUGUUGCCAGUCUCUUUUUAGAUCAUAAUGAAGUCCUAGACAGCAGAGAGUCUUCUUGAAAAUGCAUUUUAAACAAUUAGGAAAAUUCCAAAUCAURCAGGUCCAUGAGAGAGCUCCUGGGCUGGGAGCAGCAUGAUUCAGGAUCUUCCUUUUGGCUCAUUAAGAGAUGAACCUCUUUCCUUUGUGUUCUUACUGUAGUUCUGUGCUUCUAUGUAUCUAUUGAAAGCAAGUACUGAUCCAGACUGUGUGAUUUGGUAACAUACUUUGGAGGUGCAUACUCUAUCACCCUACCCUAAAGAAAAAUAAAGUGUCAAAAUGCUUAUUGAAAUAAAAAUUUAAAGAAAUCCCUUAAUUCAUCAGCAGCUUCCUUCAUAGCCCCUUCUUAAGUGCUUCAGCUAAUCCAGUGUUACUUAAGUAUAGCUGCUGUCUGUGUCCAAGCCUGGUUUGCCUUUGACAGAGUUGGAGUAUAAAGGUAUGAUGGUAGUGCGUAUGUAAGAUUUGUUUGACAAGCCUGGUCCAUAAAAAACCCCUUCUACCUCUUACUCAGCUGGCUGAUGCACCAAUGGGAAGGAGCCCAGCCUGCCAUUUAACUCAUCCUGCCUGCUUUCAUUGCUACACGAGACUUUUAGAGCAGGUUGUUGGUGUACAGGUGUAUGUCAGAGUACCUAUCGCUACAUAUGCCUGUAACACAUUUUUAUCCCAGUCUAGCAAGGGGCAUUGUGCCUCCAGGCAAGCAGAGGAAGGAGCAGUCUCUGCUCACCUCAUACUUCCUAGUAAGCAGCAACUUCAAGGCCAUGAGGARCAGAAUUUGUUCUGGCUCCCACUGCUUUCCUGACCAGACUGCCUGGCUCAGUGCCUGCAGAAAGGAGCAAAGCUGUAUAUUUCCUCUCCUUAAAACAAGAGAGGCACAGCGGCUCAGUUGUUACUMCUUUGUGGGUCUCCAGGGAGAGCACACUUCCAGGCUUCCUCUUGCUCAAAUUACAAGGUUGCCCUUCAUUCCCAAGAGCCAAGAAAAUAUCUAAGCUUUCAUGUGGUGAAAAAGAACUUGUAAAAGUUAUUUUUGAAAGAGUAGUUAAAAAAAUCAGUAUUUGCACUGGCUAUCCUUGAUGUUGCUACUAUGUUUGAAACAGCUGGAGAGUAGGUCCACUCAUCAGACCCAGGGCUUCCUCAUGCACGAUUUAAAUGUGAAGGGAUCCAGCAAUAGGUUCACUUUCUUUGAACUACCCUUUCUGUCUGGGGRCACUGAAAAGGCAAAAGAGCCAAUUGAGUGACUGCAGCAGUUCAUCUUCCACAGUGCUGCACAGGGACUCUGUGCACUGCUGUGCCAUGGUGGAUGGCUGCAGGUGGGAGAGAACGUGGGAGCAAAAAGGGACUUGAGCAAAGCCUUCCUGGCAGAUUACCUGAGAAACAGUUCCUUGUUAAUGCUCUUUUUCACUCUUGCAUAUGCUUGUACAUUUUUUAAAAAGACAGAUAUCUAUGGGCAAUGACUGAACAGUGGAAUAAUGAUUAGUUCCUGCUACUCUUGCAUUGGGAAGUAGAGACAUUAGGAAGACCUAGUUUUAUUUUUGGUUCUGCCAUGAAAUUCCCUUUAUUGCUGGGGAAAAGCUGUUAAAGCUUCAGUUUUCUCUGAAAAGUGGGGGUGGGGAGGGAGAGAAAGGUGAUUCAGCCCCUUAGGUAUUGGAAAUAAAUUCUUUUUCUUUUUUUCAUCAGUAAAGGACUUUGGGAAUAUUGGCUAAUACUGUGGAGUGCAUUUUACUGUUUCAACUUUUUACUUUUUUUUUGCUCCAUGUGAACAGAAUAUUUUCUUCCUGUAAAGCUGACCAAAAUAAAAAAAA